AUGAAGUUUUCGCUAUCCACGUCGCUGCUGUGGCUCGCUGCCGUCGCCGCGCCGCUCGUCUCCGGCGAGCGCGUCAUCGAAUCCAAGUCGCUCAACCCGUGCAUGUCCAACUCCAGCUUCUCCGCCACCCUCUUCAAUGUCGCAUUCACACCCAGCAAUCGCAGUCUGGGCUUCAAUAUUGAGGGAAUCUCCAACAUUGCCGGCAAGAUCGAGGCCGACAUUGAGCUGCUCGUAUAUGGAUACUCGGCUAUGAACCAGAAACUCGACCCCUGUGGCCAGAAGGAGCUCGAGGGCAUGUGCCCAAUGAACGCCGGACCGCUGACCAUCAAAUCCAACAUUGACAUUAGCCAGGACAUUAUGAGUGUAAUUCCAGGCAUCGCAUACACAAUUCCCGAUCUCGACGCCGUUGUACGAGUAAAGAUUAGAGAUGCCGAAUCCCAUGUUCAACUCGCAUGUGUCGAAGCAGAAUUGUCAAACGGACAUUCGGUUGACCAAAAGGCCGUGGCCUGGGUCACGGCUGUCAUAGCUGGCCUGGGUCUCAUGGCAUCCGCCAUCACGUCAGGACUCGGUCACUCCAACACUGCCGCCCACGUUGCCGCCAACGCCAUGUCGCUAUUCGGUUAUUUCCAGGCACAGGCUUUCAUCGGUCUUUGCGCCGUCCCUCUUCCUCCCAUCGUCUCCGCCUGGACCCAGAACUUCCAAUGGACCAUGGGUAUCAUCCGCGUUCAGUUCCUCCAGGAUAUGGCAACAUGGUACCAGCGUGCCACUGGCGGAAGCCCAACAACCUACCUCUCGCAGUUGUCGUACAUCUCCGUCGAAGUUCAGAAGAAGAGGAAGAUGAGGCGCGCGCUCGACUUCACCACUGGAGCUGUCGGACGCCUCAUGGCCCGUAGUAACGCUGCUGCCACCGAGGCACAGGCUGGCGGAGACCGCUUGGUCCUCCACGGCAUCGAGCGUGUGGGCUUCAAGGCCAAGAUUGAGACGACCAACAUCUUCUUCACGGGAUACACUUUCUUCGUCAUCUUUGUCCUCUUCACCGUCAUCGGUGUAGUCGCCUUCAAGUACAUCUGUGAAGGUCUUGUCAAGGCUGGCAAAAUGAAGAACGACAAAUUCGUCGACUUCCGCAACGGCUGGCAAACCGUCCUCAAGGGUAUCCUCUUCCGUGUCGUCCUCAUUGGCUUCCCACAGAUGAUGGUCUUGAGCUUCUGGGAGCUGACCAAACGUGAUUCAGCCGGUCUGGUCGUUCUGGCCAUUCUGUCCAUGAUCACUAUGAUUGGCAUCCUCGCUUGGGCUUCUUCCAAGGUUGUCCGAAUUGCACAACGCUCCAUUGCCAUGCACAAGAACCCCGCAUACAUCCUCUAUUCGGACCCUGUCGCGCUCAACAAGUGGGGCUUUCUCUACGUUCAGUUCAAGGCUGCCGCCUACUGGUUCAUCAUUCCAUGGCUCGGAUACCUCCUCAUCAAGGCCAUGUUCGUCGGUCUUUCGCAGGGCAGCUUCAAGACCCAAGCCAUUGCGCUUGUCCUCAUCGAAGCUGUUCUGCUCGUCGGUGUAUCGGUCCUUCGCCCAUGGAUGGACAAGAAGACCAACGGUUUCAACAUUGCCAUUGCCGCUGUCAACUUCCUCAGUGCUUUCUUCUUGUUGAUGUUCACUGAGAUCUUUAAGCAGCCUGCCAUCGUUACCGGCGUCAUGGGUGUCAUCUUCUUCAUCAUCAAUGCCGCCUUCGCUCUGAUUCUCCUUCUCAUGCUCCUUGUCUCAUCUGGAUUUGCUUUGUUCACUAAGAACCCUGACACCCGUUACCAGCCAAUGCGCGAUGACCGUGGCUCCUUCAUCAAGUCGCAAACCCAGUUGACCACUGAGCUCGACGCGCUCGGUGCGACCGCCCGUGGCGAGGGCAAGGGCACACACCCAUACACUGGAUCACGGAGUCGCAUUGACGACGAGGAUGACUACUCUUCCGAAGAGCAGCGACAAAUGGCUGCCAAGGAGGGUGGUUUCAACGAGCACUAUGCGCCCGUACCACCACGAAGCCAAGGCAACGACGGGACUGUCUCACCGUCACCACCAUCCUUUUACGAGCGUCGAAGCCCAGCACCAUCAUACCGUCCUGGUAGCAACGGUCAAGGUCAACAACAACACCGACAAAACAAUAGCCCUAGCCCAUGGCAGCGAGGCGCAGGAUAUGAACACUGA